UGUGCGAAAGAGAACCGUCCACAGCUUUUGUAAUUCAGUAUAAUAGAUGCCUAGAAGCGUUAUAUUCAGGUUCUACUUUGUCGACCGUUUACUUUUUGCUCACCAACUGAACUAUCUUAGCUAGUGUUAACACCUUAGAAACAGUUCAAUGUCGGUGUUAAGCAGUCUGGUUCCAGCCCGUUUCCUGACUCUCAUCGCGCACCUUGUAAUAGUCAUCAUCAUAUUCUGGUCGCGGGAGAACAGUGUCAGAGCUUGCCUCCCACUAGACUACACUAAUGAAGAAUACAGGUUAGAGGACACACGCAGGCUUGUGGUGGCAUUAUCCGUAACCCUGGGCCUGUUUGCCAUCGAGCUGGUUGGGUUCCUCUGUGGAGUCUCUAUGUUCAACAAUAAUCAAGCCCUUCUGUCUAUUGGAUGUCACGCCAGUGGGUCUGUGGCUUUGGCCUUCUUCUUGUUUGAGCAAUGGACCUGCACCAUCUACUGGUGGAUCUUUGGCUUCUGUAGUGUGAUUCCUGCACUAUAUGAGAUGAUCCUCUUUGUUGUAGUGUUUGGUUUUAAGAGGAAGCCUCUUUGAGGAUCUCUGAGAGUCGGAUAUUGUCCUUCCAUCACUGAAGUACCAGAAUCACCUGAAUUCAGAAUAACAUUCACUGGCACAAUA